UCUGUGGGUGAGGCCCUGGUCCAUGAGAGAAUCAUGUUCCUUCAGCUCUGCCUGUGGAUGUUGCUCUUACUCUCUGAAAGGUCACCAACUACACAUGCUAGGUACAGUAGCCCUCCAGAAGUAGUGAUACCCUUGAGGGUCACUGACCCUAGUAGACAUGAUAUUUCCCCAGACUGGCUCUCUUAUAGCCUGCGCUUUGGAGGAGAGAGACAUAUUAUCACCAUGAAACCCACAAAAUACUUCGUAUCCAGGAACUUCCUACUGUUCACUUACAAUGACAAAGGUGAUCUCCUUGAAGAACAGCCUUUUGUUCAGAAUGACUGCUACUACCAUGGCUAUGUAGACAGAGAACCUGAAUCCACGCUCAUUAUUAACACCUGUUUUGGGAGUUUGCAAGGCAUAAUAGAGAUAAAUGGCACAGUUUAUGAAAUCAUGCCCAAGAACCGAACAUCCACAUUUGAACAUCUGGUAUACAAAAUAGACAGUGAGGACUCAGAAUCAUUUUCAAUGAGAUGUGGGUUAACAGAAGAAGAGAUAGCACGACAAAUGAAGAUUCAAGAAAGCAAAGACUCCACACUUAAGCAAAGCCAAUAUGAGAAUUGGUGGACCCACCACAAGUAUGUUGAAUAUUAUGUGGCAGUAGAUAAUAAACGAUAUGUUUACAAAAAUAAUAAUGUCACAGCUUGUAUGCAGGAAAUGUUGCAAGUUGUCAAUGGAAUAAAUGGUUAUUAUCUUCAGAUAGAUAUUGAGGUGGUUUUAACUACACUGGAAGUUUGGACUCAAACAAACCAUGUUGAUGUAACAGCAUCUGUAGGUGAUGUCCUAUCUAAUUUCUGCGCUUGGAAGAUGAAUAACGUUGACAAUCGCAUUAGAAAUGAUAUUGCACAUCUUUUUGCCAGACAAACAUACACUGGGAGUUCAGGCCAAGCUUAUGUAGGAACAGUUUGCCAAAAUAAUAAUUGUGCAGUUAACAGUUUCAUGACAGAUUCACUUCCAGGCAUGGCAUUCUAUACAGUACAUGAGAUGGGUCAUAAUUUGGGUAUGCCUCAUGAUGAGAAUUACUGUACUUGUGGAUUACCAAGCUGCAUAAUGGCUGUAUCAAAAACUAAUGCCCGUAAGUUCAGCAACUGCAGUUAUGAGGCUAUGUAUUCAGUGAUUACCAAAACAAGUUGUCUAUACAAUAUUCCAGAUAUAUUAAUAAAAGCAAACCUCACCUUGUGUGGGAAUAAUAUAGUUGAAGAAGGAGAGCAGUGCGACUGUGGAUCCUCUGAUUCAUGUGAGACUGAUGCAUGCUGUAGCGAAGGCUGUGUGUUCAAACCUGAUGCUGAAUGUGCUACUGGGCUUUGUUGCAAAGAUUGCAAGUUCAUUCCAGCAGGCACAGAGUGUAGAGAAGAGAACAAUGAAUGUGACCUUCCAGAGUGGUGUCAUGGAACUUCAGCUGAGUGUCCAGAAGAUGUAUACAAGGAAGAUGGAACUUCUUGCGGGGGUGAUAGUUACUGCUAUAAUAAGAUAUGUCCUAAACGCGAAGAACACUGUCAGACGCUUUUUGGCAGGAGUGCCAAAAGUGCAGAUGAGACUUGCUAUAUGGAAAUGAACACACGGGGUGACCGUUUCGGUAACUGUGGUAACGAUAGCCGUAACUACAGAAUAUGUGAUAAUGCUGAUAUACUCUGUGGACGAAUUCAGUGUGAUAAUGUAGAAGAGAUUCCACAGAGGAGAAACCAUGAAACAGUGCAUUGGACUCACUUCAAUGAUGUCACCUGCUGGAGUAUGGACUACCAUUUUGGAAUUACCACAGAGGACGUUGGAGCAGUGAGAGAUGGCACAAAUUGUGGUACAAACAAUGUGUGCAUUGAUAGGCAGUGUGUCCCUAACCCUUUUUUGUUUAAUAACUGUUCGGUCCAAUGCAAUAACAAAGGAGUCUGCAACAAUAAACAACACUGCCAUUGCGAUGAGGAAUGGGAGCCACCAGACUGUCUACUAAGUGGCUAUGGAGGUAGUAUAGACAGUGGACCAGCACCAAAGAUAUAUUUUAGGAGCAGGCGCAAGAGAAGACAGUUAAUGCUAGCUCUUUUAAUUCUUUUUUUGGUUUUGUUGUUUGUAUUUCUCUUGAUUUGUCUAACUACAAGAAAGAAAUCAGACCAAGAAAGUGAACCAGAACAAAUGUCAGAGCCAGAACCUGAACCUGAUAAACCUGAUGAACCUGAUAAACCUGAUAGACCUGAAAGAGGACGUAGCACUAACAUUAAACAUAAGGCUUCAGCUAAGAAACGUCAGAAAAGUGAAAAGAGAAAAAGUGAGAAACGUAAAAGUAAAAAAGACCACAAAAAGAAAAAAUAA